CUAUUCGCUUCUUCCAUCAUCAAUCGACCAAAAUCAAACUGAAAACCGCAACCUAAUCAACCGUCGCCAUGGGCGCGCUUCUUUCGCUGCCGCUGCUCGCGGUGCCGAGUCUAGGCACUAUUCUCGGAUUUGUUGGUAGUUGCUGCGGUGCUGCGGCAUGCUCCGCUCUCUGUAGCGCAUGCGGAAAAUGCGGCAACAGUGUCCUUACCCGUAUCGCAUAUGCCCUCAUCCUUCUCAUCAACUCGAUCCUUUCGUGGAUAAUGCUCACCAAAUGGGCAAUCGAAAAACUGCAACACCUCACCUUCAACUACGUCAAGAUCAGCUGUGGAAAUGGAGACUGCUAUGGUUGGCUCGCUGUCCACCGCAUCAACUUUGCUCUCGGCUUAUUUCACCUGAUGCUGGCUGGCCUUCUCCUCGGAGUUAACUCCUCUAAGCACCCUCGCGCGAAAAUUCAGAACGGCUUUUGGGGACCCAAGAUCAUCGCUUGGCUCGGCUUGAUUGUCCUUACCUUCUUCAUCCCGGAUGAGUUCUUUGUGUUCUGGGGCAACUAUGUCUCGUUUAUUUGUGCGAUGCUCUUCCUCAUUCUCGGCCUUAUUCUACUGGUCGACCUGGCGCACAACUGGGCCGAGUACUGCCUGGCGCAGAUUGAGGAUACCGACUCGCGUACUUGGAGGGCCAUCUUGAUUGGCUCGACGCUUGGCAUGUACCUCGCGUCCCUUGCCAUGACCAUCAUUCAGUACAUAUUCUUCGCUGGGAAUGGCUGCUCCAUGAAUCAAGCAGCAAUUACCAUCAAUCUGCUGCUCUGGAUCGCCGUUUCGGCCAUAUCUGUGCAUCCGACAGUGCAGGAGUACAACCCCAAGGCGGGGCUUGCGCAAGCCGCCAUGGUGGCCAUCUACUGCACCUACCUGACCAUGUCUGCGGUCUCGAUGGAGCCUGAUGAGACCGAAGACCGGCGGUGCAACCCUCUGGUGCUGGGCCAGGGCACGCGGACCACCACCAUUAUUCUCGGCGCCAUCGCAACCAUGCUCACGGUGGCCUAUACCACCACGCGGGCAGCAACCCAGAGCCUUGGUCUCGGUGGAAGCGGAAGGGGACAGAUCCAGCUGCCCGAUGAGGAUGAGCAUGACCUCGUGACGCAACAACCAAGCCUUCGGCGGGAGAUGCGGGCUGAGGCGCUCCGCAGGGCCGUUGAGGAAGGAAGUCUUCCUGCAGAUGCCCUCUUAUCAGAUGACGACGAGAGCGAUGCGGGUGACCGUACGGCCAACGAUGAUGAGAGAUCGAGCACUCAGUACAGUUAUGCCAUGUUCCACAUCGUCUUCUUCCUGGCCACUGCCUGGGUUGCUACGUUGUUGACCAUGGACUGGGAUGACAAGAAGCAGGGCGACUUUGCCACGGUUGGUCGUACGCUGUGGGCGAGCUGGGUCAAGAUUGUGAGCUCGUGGGUCUGCUACGGCUUGUAUACCUGGACCCUGGUUGCACCAAUUUUACUGCCAGACCGCUUCGAUGGCUACUAAACGGUUUUGAUUACUUUGGCGCCUCGGGUACCCGCUUGAGGUUGAGGGAGUACACUACCUGUUCUUCCUCACUUAUCACAUUUUUGUAUUGGAGUUCUAGGGGCUAAUGCAUUUCGGGUGUAUGGGGUUACGGUGGCAACUGGCUUUGAUAGUUUUAGUGAAGCAUCGCUUUCAUGUCUCUGGUAGGCCAUUUGCUGAAUGAUAUUUGGAUACAUUUUAUGUUACAG